AUGGCGGCAGUCUGUUACGAAAUCUUCUGUGACCGCAACGUCGAGCGCAAUGCAGAACAAAAUGCGGCAGUGAAGCACAUUCUAUCAGGAAUAUCUCGUCCGGCACCGUACAUUAUCUUUGGUCCUCCUGGAACGGGAAAGACAACGACGACAGUCGAAGCAAUCAGACAAGUUCUUCGUGUAUCGCGAGCCAGCAGAGUGUUAGCUUGCGCUCCGUCUAAUAGUGCUGCUGAUCUCGUUUGCCAGCGACUGCUCAACAAUCCAGCCGUUAGCAAGAACGACAUUCUGAGAUUGAACGCGGUAUCUAGAGACGAGAGAGACAUUCCGCAAGACCUUAAAUCAAAUUGCGAGUACGACCUGACUUUCGACGACCUGUUGAAGUAUCGAGUCGUUGUGUGUACUCUCGUGACGGCUGGAAAAAUUGUGUCGGCUGGUGUUCCUCGUGGUCACUUCACUCACGUUUUCAUUGACGAAUGUGGUCAUGCUGUUGAGCCAGAGUGUCUCAUACCGAUUUCCGGUCUCUUAGACGCCAGUGAAGGUCAACUAGUUCUUGCUGGAGACCCUCAACAGCUUGGUCCUGUGUUGCGCUUUUCGUUAGCCAUAGAGCAUGGAUUGCAAGUGUCUUUGCUUGAGCGUCUCAUGAAGCGGGAGGUCUACCAACGCGAUGAUAAUCUGUCGUAUGAUUCUCGUGUUGUGACGAAGCUGCUGAAUAACUACCGCUCACAUCCUCGUAUUCUCGACUUGCCCAAUCGCUUGUUCUACGACGGCGAGUUGAUUGCAUCUGCCGACGUGGCCCUGCGCAGCAAAAUGUGUGGCUGGGAUGGUCUGGUGACUCAAAGAUUUCCUCUGAUCUUUCAUGGGGUCGUCGGGGAGGAGAACCAAGAGGCCAACAGUCCCUCUUUCUUUAAUCCCGAGGAGAUCAAAGUGGUAUGCGACUAUCUGCAGAAGCUGAAAUCCACUCAAGGUUCAUGCAAGGUGGACAUAAAAAAAGAGGUUGGCAUCAUUUCGCCAUAUCGCAAGCAGAUACAGAAACUUAGACGAUGCCUCGAGAAACUGCACAUUGAAGACGUGAAGGUUGGUUCAGUUGAAGAAUUCCAAGGCCAGGAGAGAACUGUCAUCAUCAUCACAACAGUUAGAAGCAAUGCCGAUUAUCUCGAGAUUGACAAGAAGUUUACUCUCGGCUUCCUUAGAAAUCCUAAGAGGUUCAAUGUGGCAAUCACGAGAGCCAAGGCAUUGCUGAUCGUCAUUGGCAACCCAAAUGUCUUGAUUAGAGAUGAAUGUUGGAAACAGUUUUUGGAGUACGUGAACAGCAACGGAGGGUACAAGGGAUGUCCUUUCCCUAGUGCCAAUCCAGAUAAUGCCUCGGUAUUGGAAACUCUGCAGGAGCUGGAAUUGCACACGACAGAUGCGUACCAACCUGCUGCCGAAGAAGAAUCGCAAGUGCAACAACACAUUGAACCAGAGUGGAGAGCAGAGCAUUGAGAUCACAUCAGCACGUGGGCUUGUGUUUGAAAACCCAAUUAAAAUUUAGUGAUAUAUGUUGAAAUACAGCGAAAAACGAUUCUAUAGCGUC